CAUGGAUUGUGUGUGCAGCACGUUGCGUAUAAUUUGCGCGUCCCCUUUGGCGGGUAGUGCCGGUUGGGGUGAGUUCCCGAAUAGAGUUUGUGUGGCUAACAGAGCACGCUAAACAAGCGCGUAAACGUUGUUUGGUCAUACGGAUCGGCGAACUCGACGGGUGCGGACGUGAGCGACACACAGCACGCUGCUCCUUUUCUUCUGAAGUUGGUGAACCACUCGCUAAGGCUUGUCCGGCGCACCAUCAUCGUCAUCAUCAUUACCACCAUCAUCAACAUCGAGAUUGUCUGCGUAUCAGAGUGUAAAGUGUUCGGGCUCGCGCGCGCUAUCGCAAGCUGUGUUUGCGUUAUCCGGUGGUAAAGUGGUGUGGUCUUAUCAUGGUAUUCGGUGAUACACUGUCAGUGCCGUCAGUUCUCCCCUUUUAACUAACAAGUGUACUCUGAUAUCAUUUGACUCGUUUUGCACGUCGAAGUGCAGUGCUGCAAGAGGUCCAGCAAGGUGUGGUUCCGGUUAUAUGCUGUGCUUCGUUCGGUGUUUCAAUAAAUGAAGUGAAAACGAUGUGAAACCAGACGCUUGCCAAACGGAGAGCUUCAAACCGGAGGAAGAAUUAUCAUCAAACGACACCAAAGUUCAUUGAAUCGGCAUCGGCACCAAAACCAUCGUUUAGCACUCAAAGGCGCGCGAGUGUAUUUAAGACAUUUUCAAGAUUAAGGAAAGAGCUUUUGAGCAGGACUGUGUGUGUGUGUAGGUGUGUUUGUGUGUGUGCAAGUGAGAUAAAAGAAGAUCAACAACAGCUCUCAACAAUGAAGUCAUCCCAACAGAGGGUGACCCUUGGUGUUGGACAGAUCGUGAUGCUGCUGCUGCUGCUGCUGCUACUUGCCGGCGAUGGCGAUACGUUCAACUUAUCGCCAGUGCCGAACUACGUGUUCCGCGAGCCCAACCUGCAGCUGCAUAUGGAAAAAGGUCGAAGUUCAUACUUUGGAUAUUCGCUUAAUCUGCGCCCAGGCGGUGUGAUUGUCGGCGCACCGAGAGCCCAGUCGGAUUUGGCAACGCAGCGGAAAGUGAACGAAACUGGUGCCAUCUAUCGGUGCCACUUUACAGACGGCGAAUGUGCGCCGUACUACUUCGACAAGGCCGGCAACACGAAAGCGGAACAGUCGGACUUUGCGUACAAUUCGGAAAAGAAGGACUUCCAGAUGCUGGGCGCGGCCAUGGAUGGCCAUGGAUCCGAUGGUGACCGGUUUGUGGUGUGUGCGCCGAAAACCAUCAGCGAGCUGGUCGACUACUACCUGCUGCACGGUAUUUGCUACGUCACGGACGGCACUGAGCAGGAGCAGGAGCCGAAGGAGAUCCGCAAGAUCAUACCGCUGCGUGCUAAAGACAAGCAACUGCACAAGGAUGCGUACGGACAGUACUACAACUACAUGUACGGCGAGCAGGGCAUCAGUGUGCACGUGACCGACGACGGGGAGGAGAUACUGAUCGGAGCGCCGGGUGUGUUCAACUGGCGCGGCACGGUGGUGCGCUACAGACGGCGCGUCAGUGAUGCGGGCGGCCUUAGUCGACGUGACGAUUGGUCUGCCCAGCAUCGUCCAACGAAUCGGCACAAGCGGCAGAUCAUUCAAUACGUUAGCGACGUACCGAAUCCGUACUUUAGCGCGGUUCAGGACGAUUCCUACUUCGGGUAUGCAGUCGGGUCGGGCGACUUUCGCGGGGACAAGAAGAUUCUGUACGUGGCCAGUGCCCCACAGUCCAGCGGCCAGGUGGGAGACGUAUUCAUAUUCGACAUCAUCAAUGCUGACUCGUUCUUGGAAACGCAAAUCAAGGUGCACUACACGUUUCCCGGGCAACAGCAGGGCGAAUACUUUGGGUACGCACUGCUGGCCGAAGAUUUCAACGGCGAUGGAUUUGCCGAUCUAGCAAUCGCGGCACCGAUGCAUAGCCGUUUCGGUGACCAUGACAACGGCGUCGUGUACGUGUACUGGAACGAAGGGGAACUGAACUUCCAGCUGCAGGGGAAACUUUCCGGCAGCCAGGAAGUGGCCGGGCGUUUCGGCACGAGCCUCGCCAAGAUCGGUGACAUCAACAUGGACGGAUACAAUGAUAUUGCUGUUGGAGCCCCGUUCGAAGGAAAUGGUGCCGUGUACAUUUUCCUCGGGUCGGUUGAUGGUUUGCAGUCGAAACCGAGCCAGCGAUUAACAGCACCGGCGAACGAGUUGCUCUCUCCCCAGCCCAUGUUCGGCUUUGCCCUGUCCCGUGGUAGCGAUAUCGAUGCGAAUGGUUACAAUGAUCUCGCCGUCGGCUCACCGAACGAUGAAAAGGUGUACGUGUACCGAACGUACCCGGUGGUAAAGAUCGAUGUGGACGUCACCUCAUCCAAGCGCGAACUAACGCUAGAGGACACUACGUUCGAUUUAUCGAUCUGUAUGAAUGCAAUAUUCGCCACUGGCCAGCAGUUUGAUGUGCAGCUCAAUUACGAGCUGAGCGUCGACGCACAGGUUGGACGCGUUACCCUGCCCGGCGUGGGUGGCAACAAGCGAAACGAAACCAUCACCGUUACCGGCACGAACGAGUGCCGGCGCAUCGACGUUCGGCUGAAGGCCACAGCGGCCAGCAUCUAUAAGCCUGUGCUGGUCGAGCUGUCGUAUGAGCUGGUGCGCCAGCUGCCCGCCGAUACGGACGCUGGAUUCUGUGCCGAGUGUGCGCUGCUCGACCCGACCGUCCCGAACCGACUCAUCCAGAAGAUCUCGUUCAAAACGGGCUGCCAGGGAGAGGUGUGUGUAUCGGAUUUGCGUCUGUCCGCUCGGUGGCUAGACAUAUCGCCCGUGUACGUGCUCGGCAGUUCGAAAAAAGCGACGAUAGAGUUUGAGGUGUACAAUGCGGGCGAGAAUGCCUAUUUGCCGCAGCUAAACGUAACACUUACGCCGGCUCGCUUGACACUGGCUAAAUUGACGUCGGAAUGUCAGCAAACGAUUACCGUCGAGGGAGUUAAUGUGCUGUGCGAUCUGAACAAUGGUUUACCACUGAGGUCAUCGCACACCUCCCGAUACACGCUAAUCCUAGACAUGACGAAGCUGGAGGGCAGCAGUGCCGAAAUACGGGCCGAAGCACUGAGCUCCAGCGAAGAGUCGGCGCAGGAGGACAACUUCCUAGAGCAGGUGCUGACACUGCAAGAGUUUAGCGACAUCGAAAUUAUAGGAAAAACGUCCACCUCUGAGGUGUUCCUGGAGCAGCAAAGUGGUCUGCUUAAUAUCACGUACGAAAUUCAGGUCCAUAGCAACGGUCCCAGCACGUUCCGUCGGUUGGGCUUUACGCUGGACGUGCCGCUGGUGUAUCACAAGCCCAGCGCUGGCCGAUCGUUUCAGAUUAUCAACCUUAACAACAUCGCUGUAACGGGCUACUAUAGCUACAAAACGCUCGACUACACCUGGACCCAGAACGAAACCAUUCUGUUGCCCAAUCCGAUCGAGCAGGACCAUAUCCUUCCACCAGUUGUAGACGUCGAGGAGCUGCAUCGCUUACCGAGCGACUUUGAUCUCCUUUCGGGCGGUGGCGGUGGAAUGGUCGGAUAUCCGGGCGAAAACCAACCGCACGGCUAUGAUCCAAGCUCGGUGGGUAUGCAUCGACGGCGCCGGAACCUGGAUGGUGCCCCGGAGUCCACCUACAACCGGUACACCGGCCAGCUAACCAGCCAUUCGCGAACCCGUCGCAGCUUGUCGAAGGUGAAUGAAGCCAUCGUGCAAGCACUGCCCGGCAAUCGCACACUGUUCUUCAACUGUGCCGAGGAGGAUUCGUUGAUCGAGUGUGCUCGGCUGAACGUAGCGGUAGACAUCUUCCGUCCGACGAACGUGCCGAUCGUGAUAACGCUGCACUUCCAGCUCGACCUGGACGCCAUCGGUGAGGCGUUCCUCGAGCGGGAAGACAUCUUUGCGCUGACGAUGCUAGCCGACGUGCACAAGGAGGGCGAUCCGGACGGUGUCACCUUCCGGCAGGUGCGCAGCAAUCCUUUCACGGUGGUGUACCGCUAUUCCGAUGGCAGCACACCCAUUUGGGUGUACAUUGUAUCCGCGCUCGGGGGGCUGUUGCUGCUCGUUGCGAUUUCGUACGGUUUGUAUCGAGCCGGUUUCUUCAAGCGCGCCACAAAGGAAGAAAUGGAGAAGCUUCAUCGGGAGAGCACCCGGCUAAAUGAACCAGAGCAGGUGAACCAAUCACCGGCGGAGGUUAGCACCGAACUGAACUGAAAACCUGUUAGCUGCUUUUUGUUUGAAAAACACGCAUAGCGCUUAGUAAAGCGUUUCUUUGACACCAAAUCUUAUUAAUAGCUAAGUAUUACAUAGUGGUACUGCUGUACGUGGUAGUGUUGUGUUCGAUUUUAGUGUAAUGCAUAGGUGUAAUGUUCUUCUGCAAGAACGUUGCUUGCAGCUUUUAUAGUUUUGAGAGUAUGUUCAAGAAAGUAUGUUCAGCUACUUCAACAUUCAUUCCUAAGUAAAUGCUAUUACCGCAUGCAUUUCCUAUAUAUUUUAGAGUAUGUUGAAAUUGUAUAACUGUAAGGUUUAAUGAGCCAGAACAGGUAACUCUCAUCUGAGCUUGCACAGGCUUAUCGUUGACAAGCGGCAGGCUAGCUAACUUCUUCUUUUGAGACUUAAGUCAUUACCACGCAGCCGGAUAGUUAAUCCUUGGUACGGAGGGACGGUCCAUUCUAGGCUUGAACCCAUGCUAGCUAACACAGAUGUGAAUUAAAUGCCGUGCGCCGUGUAUGUGAUGGCCGUAUGAUACGCUAUACGAGGAAAUGUUGGAUAUUUGCCCUGAAAAUCAAUCAUAUUCGGACGGUAAUAUCGAGUUCACGCAACAUUGAUAAUUGUUAUUUGAUACAUGCAAAUUGUGCUUUUGGUAGACAUUAUCGUAUAACUUGCGUAAUAGCAAUUGCACAGCAGAAUCAAUCCCGUUUUCAAGAAACACAUCAGGAGAAAAAGGUGUAUUUUGGUUUCUAGUCAAUUCUUUGUAGCUAUGUUAUUAUUGAUUGCUAACUACAAAUCAAGCAACGUAGUAAGGAAAAAAAAAAAAACUGUGUGAGCUAUACGACAUCAUUUCGAGAUAAUAACGCUUUUAGAAAUGUAGUUUACUUUUUAAAAUAAUAUAUGAAAGCAAGAACUGAGACACACAAUGUUUUUUUUGGUGCGGAAAAUUGUGUUCUUUCAUUUGUUUUUCUUUGAAAACAUGCAAAUAAAUUAUGAAAUGUGCACUAACUGAAGGUUAAUUGAACUCGCCAACUAGUAGAUAUCAUCAAAAAUAAAUUUAAUUAUAUUCUUUUCAGUGAUUAGCUAAUAAUUUCACGCAAAGGGCCGUAGAAAAAUUAGGGGAAAAAACAACGAAAUGGCUUAAGUUUACUAGAAUCCAUAUUUAUUCGUGGAGUAAUUCCAUUUCCUAUUAGUUGCAUGCAUGAAACAUCAAAUUUUGAAUUAUUUUUUGGAGUAAAUAGAACAAAAAAUACAUUUCAUUUUACUUACAACGAAAAAAAUGGCAAGGCGUUUUAAAUUAUGUAGAAGUAAGAAUUAGAAACAGUUUAAUUGGUGAAUCCAAUUUUUCUGUUGGUUUUCUACACUAAUCGGACCUCCGGUUGGCAUGUCAAAUGGUCAUGCACUUUAUGCCUUUACGAAAAGAUGAUAUAUGCUGAAUAACUUAAACUGCGAGGUUGAAUCGCGCUUCGGCUUCAGAGUCCAGGUCCCUGGUCCUCUAAAAAUAUAUUAUGUUCAUCCACCUCUAUACAAUUAGAAUCGGCAAGUUAGGCCAUAUAUCCUUUUCUCUAUUCGGAAUACACGGUUUGAUUUUAGUUAGCGAAAGCAUAUGUGUUACCUUUCCUAUUUUUAAAUUUGUUUAAUUAUUCGUAAAUUCUAUUGAUUGAAAAUUGAUACAAAUAAAUAAUUUUUUUAUUGCA